GCGGGUACAAGGUUUACCCAGGAAGGAUUGAUUAAUGAUGAUGAUAGGAAUUUAAGGAUUUUAAGGAAUUAAUGAAAGGUGUUUUGUUGUUAAUCCGGCAUACUAGAAACCAUAUAUCCCUCAACACCGUUUUAUCUUUCAUCAAACGUAAUUCCAAAACAAACCCAUCACUGAAACUUCAUCCUCUCAAUCGGCCCCUCACGGGUUUGGAUAAGAUGUUUGUGUGAAAUCUUGGCCCUAUGUUCGUCGGAUUAACCUCGUAAGAGAAUAGGGGGAAACUGGGAAAAGUGGUUUUUAAGGUUUAAAGAGUGGAAGCCCCACUGGUGGGAGGGUUUUUUAAGGGAUGGAGAUAAGUAGCAGCUGCGGGGCGGCGGCGGCGGCGACUGUGAAGACGCCGGAGGCGGACACGGAGACGCCGACGGCGGCGGCGCGGAUCUACCCGGCGAAGCCGUUGUCGUACAGCAGCAACGGGGUGCUGAAACGGCUGAACCACCCCCGUCACGGGGGUGGGUUUGGGAGCAACGGGCACCACCACCCCGUGGUGGUGCACUACAGGGAAUGUUUGAAGAAUCACGCGGCGGCGCUGGGGGGGCAUGCGGUGGAUGGGUGUGGGGAGUUUAUGGCUUCGCCGACGGCUAACCCGGCCGACCCGACCUCCCUGAAAUGCGCGGCGUGUGGGUGUCACCGUAAUUUCCACCGCCGUGAGCCGCCGGAGGAGGUGCUUUCCCCGCACGACGCGGUGGCGGCGCUUGAGUACCAGCCGCACCACCGCCACCACCCUCCUCCGCCGCCGCCGCAGGGUCACCGCGGCGGCGGCGGCAGCGGGUGCCAUAGCAGCCCGAAUUCCUCGUCCCCGCCGCCGAUCUCCUCGGCGUAUUACCCCUCCGCGUCUCACGUGCUUCUCGCACUCGGCACGGGACUGUCCGCGCUACAAACGGACAACACCGCCCCCAUCUCCGUCACCGCCGUCACUCCUCCGUCAAAUCCUAACGCCAGGAAGCGGUUCCGAACAAAAUUCACCCAAGAUCAGAAAGACAAAAUGUUGGAGUUCGCCGAUAAAAUCGGGUGGAGGAUUCAGAAGCGAGACGAAGAUCUCAUCAACGAAUUCUGCGCAAAAAUCGGCGUGGAAAGAGGAGUUCUAAAGGUAUGGAUGCACAACAACAAGAACACCGUCGGCAAGAAAGACCAACCGGCGGCCGCCGCCGCCGAUGACAAUGCUCACGGUGUCGAUUUUGAUUUAGUUAGCACAAAAACCCACAACCUUGCCUCCACCGCCACCGCCACCGCCGUCGCCGCCGGCGCCUGUCAAUUCGACGUCAAGAAUGAAAACGGCAGCCGUAGUGUUACUGCCACUAAUGGGUCUUUCUAUUCUUCUUGAUCCGCCAUGGAUUAAAAACACUAGCUUUUCUUAGCUCUUAUUAGCUUUUCUGCUUAUUAGACUAGUGUACUACUUCUACUCUAAUUAAUUAACCUUCUGUUCACUGUUCUAUCAUCUUCUUCUCUGAAUGAUCUGAUCUGAUGAUGACAAAAACAACAUUAUAUUCUCCGGCAAUCUAAUUCCUUUAUGUUUAA